UAUUGGGGAGGGGUGGAAAUUGGGCUGUGAGGUUACGCUCAGGUUGUCAGCUGUCAGGGGGGCUGGAGAAUAGGACUCGAGGAACCAAACACAACGACUUAAGAUGGGAGAUUUUUACAUAGUCGUUUGCAUCUACAUUAUUCAAAUUCAACAAAGGCCAAGUAAUGACCCAAUUACAUCUCCUCAGACUCUUGUGCCUGGGUCCCUCCUUGGUGCCUGGGGUUUGGCUCAUCUCCUCCGCCCCCCACCUGGUUUAUUUGUAAAGCAGAGAGGAAAUUUGCAGUGGGUGGGUGAACUUUGCCUGUGCCAGCCGGCAGCCUCCCGUCUGACCUGAGCGGGGCUCCCGGGCGCAGCGUCCCCGCUCGGCUUCAGCCCACGCGCCACGGCAGAAACCCAGACCAACCCAGAACGCUUCUCGGAGCUGGCAAAUGAUAAACAAAUUUGGAGGCCGCGUUGAGAUGUUUCCCCUGCCGGUGGCUAAUGGAAAGAACAGACCCACGACCCUAGCGAGCACUCAGUUUGGAGGAUCAGCCCCAAACAUUUCCAAAAGCCCCGCUCGGAGUGUGGACCGUGCAGAAGCUGCUGAACCAGAAUGCAGCAUGGGAGAUACCAGAGCAGGUUUGGAUGAAAGACCAGGAUCAGGUUCCUGGGGAACGGGAGAUCAAAACAGCUCCACGUUUGACCAAGGAAGGAGCUAUGGUGAAGGCCCUCACUACGGCGAGCACAGGGACCUGCCGUCCCACAGCAGCAUCUCGUCAUCGCCAUUCCUGGGAGCUGGGCUGGUGGGGAAGAGCAGUGAAAGAGCCUCGUACUCCACCUUUGGAAGAGAGACAGGGAUGCCGGGACUAAACCAGACUGGUUUCCUGCCCAGCGAGAUGGGAAUCGCCAGCCCCAGCACGCUUUCCCCCACCGGGGUCAAGGGGGGGUCUCAGUAUUUUUCUUACCCCAACAAUCCUCGCAGGAGAGGUGCUGAGAGCAACAUGGAUGGGCAGCCCAAAAAGGUUCGGAAGGUGCCUCCUGGACUCCCCUCCUCGGUGUACCCAUCCAACUCAGGUGAUGACUACAGCAGGGAUCCAGCUGGAUAUACGCCCUCGAAACCUCCCAGCACUGUAUAUCCCGGGGCUUUUUAUAUGGCAGACGGGCUCCACAACUCGCCUGACCUGUGGAGCUCCCCGGGUGCCAUGAGCCAGUCGGGUUACGGUGCCAUGCUGGGCAGCUCCUCCUCCCCGCUCCCACAGGCCAGCAGCUUCAACAGUUUACAUCAGCACGAACGCAUGAACUACCAGCUGCACUCAGGAGAGGUGAACGGCGGGCUCCCCUCCGUGUCCGGCUUCUCCUCUGCCUCCGCACCGUAUGGGGUCUCCAGCCACACACCUCCCAUCAGCGGGACGGACACUAUGAUGGGUAACAGAGGAACCACAGCUGGGAGCUCGGGAGAUGCGCUUGGGAAGGCACUAGCUUCAAUUUAUUCCCCUGAUCACUCUAGCAAUAACUUCUCAUCAAACCCCUCUACACCGGUUGGCUCCCCUCAGGGGCUUGCAGGCACAUCGCAGUGGUCGCGAGCGAGUGGGCAGGGUGCCUUAUCUCCCAGCUAUGAAGGGAGCCUUCACACUUUACAAAACAAAAUGGAAGACAGGUUGGACGAAGCCAUCCACGUGCUGCGGAAUCAUGCCGUGGGCCAGACAGCUGCCAUGCCCAGCAACCACGGGGACAUGCACGGGCUCCUGGGCUCGGCACCAGCGCACAGUGCCACAGUGGGCAGCUUGGGCCAGGCCUUCCCCGCCGCUGUUAUGUCCCUGGGGAACAGGCACCCCGGCCUGGUGGGAGGAGGUCACGCUGAAGACGGGCUGUCCAGCAACCCCAGCAUGCUCCACAACCACGUCACCCUUCCGUCACAGCCCAGCACGCUCCCUGACCUCAGCAGGCAGCAGGACACGUUCAGCGCAGGUUUGUCGGGGGGACUAGGGCGAAGCAACAUCUCCUCGGGAAACAGCGAAAUAAAGAGGGAAGAGAAGGAAGACGAAGAGAACACGUCGGUGGCAGAUAACUCAGAAGAGGAGAAGAAGGAGCUGAAACCCUCCCGGAACAGAACAAGGUGCUCUUUGAACAGUCAAGAUGAGGAUGAGGAGGACGAUCUUCUUCCCCCAGAGCAAAAAGCCGAGAGAGAGAGAGAAAGGAGGGUCGCCAAUAAUGCCCGUGAGCGCCUGCGGGUCCGUGACAUCAACGAGGCCUUUAAAGAGCUCGGACGCAUGUGCCAACUCCACCUAAACAGCGAAAAACCGCAGACCAAACUGCUAAUCCUACACCAGGCCGUAUCAGUCAUACUGAACCUGGAGCAACAAGUUAGAGAGCGCAAUCUGAACCCUAAAGCCGCCUGCUUGAAGCGUCGGGAAGAGGAGAAAGUGUCCGGAGUGGCGGGAGAUCCCCAGAUGACGCUUUCAGCUUCACAUCCCGGUCUGGGAGAUGGUCACAACCCUGUUGGACACAUGUAAAGAUCUUUUUGUUCCUCUGGAUACAGAGAUCUGUAGGAAGAAAACCCCUGGUGUGACCUGCAGCCUUCUCGAACCAUAAACUUAAGUACUGCUAAUACUGACACACAUGGACGGAUCCCGGCCUGACGUAAGGGGUGGAAAAAAACACUUUGUCAAAAACAAAACGAAAACAAAAUAUUGCCUUAAGUAUAAAGUGCGGAACAGUCAAUACAUAUCACUCAGUUAGGAGAGGGUGGCGUGUUCUCUUGGCUUGUUCACAAGCAGCCAGCAGCAAAAUUGUGCCUAAGCUUGAUAUUUCUUUUUUUAAAAAAAAGAACAUUAGUUAUGAGAUUUUUUAUGUAGAACAAAUAGCAAUGCCUUUUGGUUUUUUUAGCUUCUUUUGCAUAUGUUUUGUAAGCAACAAAAAGAAAUUUUUUUUGUAUAAAAAAAUGUCUUGUACCCCACGCUUUUCUGCUGCUGUUUCUAUAGUUAACGUUGCAUCUUUAGGAUCAACCAGAAUAUUAAAAUUGUAUUAAGAGAGACUGGAUAUAAAGAGAGGAAUUCUCAGAUUCGGCUCUGAAAGCCACUAAAAGCGAAUGUAACUGCAGUGAGGGAAUGUUCUUCCUCGCCUGGCUUGUACCCUCCAUUACAAAAACAAACCAAACUCAUGCUGAAUUCACCAUCUCUUUGCUUUGGCCACUUCUGAUACGGGAAAAGGAAGUUGAACAGCAAAGCGAGUCACAGCUGUGUCCCUCAGUGCUGCUCCUGGGAGGUGACCGAGCUCCGUCAGGGCACUGCAGGAUUUGCUUUCCUCUGAGAAUCCUGGGGAACGCGGUCCUGCCAGAGGAGGAGACGUCCCACGGUUGUCCCAGGGCGUCAGGAUGGGGAGGACAAGGGGGUGGAAGAGAAUCGAGGGACCGAGGCGCUUUCAGGAUCACCAAAGAAGCACCACGGAUGCAAGAGGAAAGCCCAGGGUGCAGGAAAACGCCUCUUGCCCACAUGUCUGAGCAAACGCCCGCUGGCAGAGGCAGCGCUGAACAAAGACGGAUGGAACAAAGGCGGAGGACAGGGACAAGGCUGAGGCAGGACACACAGCAACGUUGCAGCAGAUGGACCCACGGACAGUGGUGACAGGCAGCAGAGCCCAAGGUGGCAGCAGAACGCGGAGCAGCUCCCCAGCCCGUGCGCUCGCUCCAGCACUCAGCAAUUGCCGAGCAUCAGCAGGAUCCUGUGCUCCUCACAGCUUCUCCCUGCACCAUGGAAGAGAGGGAUGGUUUCACACCGCACCUUCGCCCACUGCCUUAUCCCCAUAGCAUCCUUGGAGGCAAAUGCAGCUCGGCAUCGCCAUCUGGCUCGCCAUGGGGACACAGAGUGGCCACUGUCACCUGCAUGUGGGUGCUGGAAAGGAGGGGAGCAGCCAGUGCCUGUCCUGCUCCAGCAGCCAAGCUGGGCCAUCAAGGCCUUCACCCUAAGGGCUUCCCAAUGUCACUCCAGAGCAGCUCAGCGGGAGGAAAGUCCCCAACAGCCUAGCCACGAGGUGAGGGAGCAAACAAAUAGCUGCUCGGUGGUGCUGAGCUGCCGCUGCCGUUCUGGAGUUGGCAAUGGAAAAGAGUCCGCCGGGAAAUGUGUUCUUGUUUCUUCCCUUUCUGAAACAUUUUGUGCCCGGUUCUUUCCCAGCUCUGCAGGCAGGCGAGGCCGCUCCCCGGGAGAUGGUAAAUCCCAGCUCAGUGUCUGUGACGUGCUCGGGGUGGGGUGGCUGCUGCCCGGAGCUGCCCGGCGGAGUCGUGUCAGGCAGGACGGCUCAGGGGCUGCUGGUGGCCAGAGGGGGUCGAGGGGACAUUGAGUAUUGUAGGAGCCCAGCAGUGGGGUCCAUCUCUACCCUCUGCUUCUUUGGCCUGUGCUCCUGAGGCAGCUGCAUUGCUUUGGCACCGGGAAGGGGAGCGGCUGGAAUAGGGUUAGGUCCUGUGGCACUUCCAGCAGCCCCAGGCUUUGGCAUAACUUCCUCUGCGCUCAUAGCUGCGCUUCGUCCUCCAGCAAAGCCGCUGGAAAUGCUCAGGACUUUGCUCAUCUCCCACCUGCACCCGAGUCCCACGGGCUCAGCCCCUGUAGCACCUCAAGAAGGAACCGCUCACAAGUGUGGGAACAGACGGGACCAUCUGUCCCCGCAGCCCCGGCGCUGCCACAGGACUCGCCAAGGUCCAGCCGAGCUCUGGGGCUUUGGGGUGCUUCAGGCUUUCCCUGCUCCCACCAGUGCUUCUGCAGGGUGAGACCGGAGACCACAGCAGUUCCAGGUUCCUGCAACCCCGGGACACAUGUUCUUCUCACCUGUGUCAACAGGAGUUUCAGCCUAAUUAGCUCGUCACGUUAUGAUGCUCUUCCCUCCCUUGAGUUCUUCUGCCUGCUUAAGCACCCAGCAGCAUGAGAUGGAUGAGGUUUUCCUCCGCGUGUGACAGCUGUGUCCCCAUGGGGCAGGUCCUUGUCUUCCUCAGGCAUCUUCUUGUGCUUCAGACACUGGAGUUUCAGUCUGAGGGUGGUAAAAUGCACAGGAAGGGCUCAGUGUCCCUCCGUACCCCAUCGGCUAGGUCCAGACGCUUGGAAAACCCCAGUUCGUGGUUUGAGGUGGGAUCUGGGGACUCACUGGCUGGGAGAGGCUGUUCCAUCCCACCAGCAUCUCUGUCCCAUCCUCAGGAUGGUGCUGGGGUGGGAGGGCACUCGCUGCUUGGGGUUUUCUGCGGGUUCAGUGUCACCACCCCAGGACCGGGGAGGGAUGGAGCAAUGUCCCAGCCCUGGCAAGUGUGAAACGGUACAAAAAAAUGAGAAAGUGCUUCCCCAACACUUUAGUUUUGCAACAAGAAUUUGAGGUGGUAGUCGUGUACAGCGGGAUUUAAAGAAAAAAGAUAUUGUAGUAAAGAAAAAUCCAGACACUUGGCAAAUUUGAAACUGGAGAAGAUUUGUGAUUUAUUCAAUAUUUUGCUGAAGUCCUUCGUCCCCUCCAAGUCAUGGUGGGACAGAGCUUUCCCCAUCAUCCCGAAAACACCAAACACUGCGAGAGAGAUGGGGCUUUUUAUCUGCGUUUAGGCGGUUUAGAUGCUGUUUUCUUGACAGAAAACCAGGGAACUUCCUUGGCAAGGCUUGAAUGUUGGUCCUUGAGCACAUACCCCUGUUGCCACUGUUGGAGAUCUUGGUUCCUCCAGCAGGAAACGUGUUGGGGGCUGAUGGUGCUGUGCCCUGGAGCUGCCUGGAUGGCUCAGGGUGUUUCACAUUCCAUCGUGCUCUUCAGGAGCAAGGAAGAAAAGCUUUGGGGUCACCCAGUGUUUUGGCUCAGCACGAACGUGAUGCCUGCAGCCUGCCAGGGAAGGUGGCUCUUCUGAGAAUGAGCGCUGCCAGGUGCUGUGCCCAGAAUACCACCCGGUCAGCCUUGAAAUAUCAGCCUGUUGCAAUGAAACUCUGGUCUCUAAGUGUCGUGGGUAGAGAGGGAUGGGGUCUGUGCACUCUCCAGCCCACAGUGCUGCUGGCAUUCAGCUCUAGAUCCUUUUUCUCCCCAAAUUUGCUUCUCUGUGUGCCGCUGGCGCCGGCGGUCCCGUACAGAGAGCUGUCCUGGGUGGGAGAUGUACUGUAGGGCGUGUGGUUUUCUGCUCCUUCUCUCAGCCCUGCAUGAGCAGGUUCUCCUGGCUGUGUGUCCCUCAUUGCUGGGGGUCACAGGGCCCCCUCAAAGGUCCUUGAUCAGGCAGAAUCGGGAGAAGCCGCUUUCCCCAUGUGCGUUUUCUGGGUUUUUUCUGUCCAGGGCGCAGUAGCUGAGACACAUCACAGUCGAACAGCAGAAGUGGGGUCCAUGGGACACUUGUUGCAUGGUGGGGAUGCUGUCCUCAGGUCCCUUGCCCAAGGGACUUACUCUGUUUCCCCCCUCAAGCAGCCUCUGCACAUCCCAGCCCCUGUGCUGCCAGGCGCCGGUGAGUGGCUGGAAUCCAGGUUAUUAACAGUAUAAAAUUGCAGAUUUUUUUUGUUCUUUCUCCCUUUUCACCUGUUUUUCACCCCAGAGCAAAACAGCUGCGGCCUCCCAGAGACUUGAUGGUCUCAUGGUAGCGGCGGGAGGUAGUGGCAGCCUGCCCACUCGGACCCCAGGGAGCAGAAUUCCCGCGAGCCCCCAGGUUUGGCAGCCGCUCCCCUGCCUGCGGCCCGCCAGCCAAACCUGGCUGGAGUUCAGCUUCGGCUCUUUGCCAGCAUCUCCUUGGGCUCUCUGCCCCCCGGCUCUUACAGAGAGGGAAGUUGGUGAGAGAGACAGGGCUGGGGACGUCUGGAUCCCAGUCUGUGCCCCUCCGGCCUGCACGGACCUCCACCCUGCGAGCCGGGGCAGGUGGUUUGCAGGAAUCGGGGCAGUCGAGUUAGCUGGGAACCGCUAAAUCCACAUCUGUCCGUGGGGAGAGGGUCGUGUCAGCCCCCUUCGGCGGGACAGCUUGCUGCCCCUUCCGUGUGCCUCAGGGCUCUGGCUGCUUUGCAGUUGGGGUUUUUGCCCUCUCCACCAGAGAAAUGCAGAAAUGUGAUGUGAAACCUCCCCAGCUGUGACUUCAGUGAACGGCUUUGUCCCCUGGCCCGUGGGUCGGUGGCGAGACGGGUUCCUAGAGGUUUUGCGCUUGCUGCUCUGUAGCAAUUGAACAGGAAGGACAGAAUCAGUCUGGGGUUUCCCCAGAGUCGGCGAUUUCAGGUUCAGUGCGGAAGACGCUCUCAAAGGUCCUUCGCUCUCACACGUGUGCCUGCUGGAGCCAGCAGAGCCUUCGGGCAAUUCAGACUUGAGAAAGAGGCUUUUGGACCCCCCGUCCCUGACGUCCCUGAGCUUUGCUCCCUUGGGGAUGUGGCCAGCAUCAGUGCCCAUGGUCCUGUUUGUGUGCUGUGCUGGUGAUCCUGUGCCAGCUCCACUUCCAGCAAGGCCCUGGCCUGGGGUUUUAGAGAGCAGCUGAGAAUGAGAGAGUGAAGCAAAGCUGGGGCCAGGACAAGCCCCCAGCCCCUGUGGUGCUGUGCUGGCUCACCCGGAGCAAGCUGUGGCCACUGGAAGGCCCCGUUCCUGCUCAUCACCAGCAAUAGCAAGACCUCUUUUCCCUCCUACAAGGUCUUUGCCCUGUGAAAUCCUAUGCAACCCCCUCCCUCUCCCCGGGACUCUCCAGAUCCCAGCCCGUUCUCUGUGCUCUUGUCCACGGCUGCCAAGUUCUUCUUCCUCCUGCUGCUCUCUGGGUCCAGCUUCAUUUCUCGCGGCUCCAAAAGCAUUUCAAGACCUGUGCCCUGGAGCUGAGGGGGUAGACGAGGGCUGAGAAGGCAGGAACAUCCUUUCAACUGGCGCUGCAGGAGCUGAGCAUUGAGUUGGAGGGACAAGGCCUGGUCCUGGGGCUCCUCCGCACACCCUUCACCCCCCCGUGCCUUCUGCCGAUGCUGGGCAGCUUGCUGCUGGCGUACUUUAUCUCGCCCCAUCUUGCGGUACCCCUGAACAGGGACAUCGUGUCCCACCUUGCUGCUGCUCGGCUCUGCCCUGAGCCUCAGGCUCGCCUUGGCUGGUCUUCCCUCAACCACCUCAAGCCUGAAAGUGUUCUUUCCCUCCUCCCGCGCACCCCAGAUCCCUCCAGCCAGCACCCCGAGCUGUUUUCCUUCAUCCGCAGGUUUCCUCGCGGCGGGGCAGGACCGUGUCACCAGCUGAUUUAGGAGGUUGGUCCCACAGCCCUUGGCGCAUGGAUGGGGGGACCCGGUGCUCUCCGUGGAAGUUUUGAGGCUGAUUCACCCGUUUUGGAGCCCUGGCAGCUGCAGCGCCUUCGCCUGUGGGACUCGAGCAAGGAGGAGCUCUCUGGUUAGAACAGUGCAGGUCGCCAGUGUCCUCUCUGCCAAAACUUGCGUGUCCAUCUCGUGCCCCAGCUGCCAGGGGUCUCCGUGCUGGUGUUUCGGUUCCUCUGCUGUUGGAGCCCCUCACUCCUCAGCUCUUGCCGGACCCCCCCGGCCCAGCCAAGCACCCACCACGUUGGGAGGGAAUAAAAGUCGCGCCCUGUUGAAUCUUGGUGCAGCUGUGGGCACCAGUACAGGAGAGCAAAGGGGUUUGUGCGCCAAAAUGUGCUGUCACAGGUACCCGAAGAGCAUCCCUGUACCCAGUGUCCCUGGGGGCCCGGGGACACCAUGGGUCGCUCUUCUGGUGUCACAUCCUCCCAAUUCACUUGAAAACCACCAGUUUUUGAGCAAAAUGUGUAGUUUAGGGCCUCGUGGGAAUGGCAGGAGCUGUGCCUCCGCCGGGGGGGCUGCUUUGCUGGGAGAGGAGAAAGGCGCCUGGUGAUGCGGAGCAGGGGCGGCCCCGCACGCAGGCUGGCGCCCGCGGGCCGCAGCAGGUGACCCGGGCUCUGUGGAGGCUCCAGCUCGCGGGGCAAGCGAAGCGUUGCUGGGUUUCUCUUUCUCUACAUUUUUGUAGAAGGGGCGGGGGCGGGGGGGAGCAGAUGGGAGAUGCCUGCGGAAGUUGUUUAUUUUUAACCCUGUAGAAAGUUUUGGGUUGUUUUAUUGGCUUUUGGCCUUUAAAAACAAAAAAAGUCCUUGCUUUUGAUGUUUAUGCUGCCUACCUGUAAAUCCAGAUGUACCUAAGUGGCUGAAAUCCUUGUUCUUAAAUCAGAUACACAUUAUAGUUUUGAACUAUAUAUAUAGUAAAUAUAUAUAUAUAUGUCUAACCCACAGAAAAAAAAAAAAAAAGAAAAAAGAAAAAAGAAAAAAUAAAGUAUUUGGGGGUGGGAAAUGCGUUGUUCUUUGAAAUGAAUCACAAUUGGGGGAUGAAAUUGUGUUUCUGAGUGCCUCAAGAUAUGAAUUGUUUUCAUUUUUUUAAAUAAUUUUAUACAAGUGUCAAAACAGCUGGCUGGAUUAUUUGGAAUUUUUAAAUAAUCCUAACUUUUUUAAAGUAGAUUUUGAGAACUGUCCUGUAUAUAACAGUAAUGUAGCAAUAAAUGUGACUUUUUAUAACAAUA